UCUACUAGUUUGUUGUAACCUUCCAAGGUCAUCCCAAGGUCAUCAGCAUGUCACAGAGGGUCAAGGUCAGCCAUUGCCCCCAUGUGAACAGUGUGGGAGACAACUCAUGGGAGGAUGUAAGGAGGAAAAAAGAGAGGGCAGAUAUCUGUGACUCGUGUAAUGCAGGUGGUCCUAACCUGUGGCUGUGUCUACAUUCGCGGUGUAUGUUCGUAGGCUGCGGAGAGUCUGGAGUGGACCACAGCUCGUCGCACGCAGAGGUAGACAAACACUGCCUGGCCAUCAACCUGAAAACCAUGAGAAUAUGGUGUUAUAGGUGUGAGUGUGAGGUCUACAAGGAUGGAAAUAAACCUGCCUUUGUCAUGCGAGAAAGGAGUAUUCUGUCUCCCCAUGGGACAUUCACCCCAGACCCUGUGUCGCAGCCGCCAACCCCUCACCACUACUCACGCACCACUGACUCUGAGGACUCGGAGGACGAUGAAGUUGUCAAGCCCAGGGGUCUUGUGGGGCUUCAAAACCUUGGAAAUACAUGUUAUCUCAAUGCAGCCAUACAAGCAUUGUCCAACUGUCAGCCGUUGACUCGGUACUUCUUGGACUGCAGCUCCUAUGUCCGCAGCGACAGAAAACCCAUGCUCUCUAGAAGUUACCUCAAGCUAGUCCAAGAGAUCUGGCAUAAAAAAAGACCAUCCUAUGUUGUACCAUCAGGUAUCGUACAAGGUAUCAAAGUUAUCCACCCAAUGUUCAGAGGAUACUCACAGCAAGACACGCAAGAAUUCCUGCGUUGUUUCAUGGACCAGCUUCAUGAGGAAUUAAAACAGCCAGUGAUGGUAGACGAGGAGGAUGAAGAUGAGGAGGAGCAAGAUGAAAAGGGAAAACCCAGCCCAGCCAAUCAGGAGCCACCGGCACCCCUGGAAGUUGAGGCCCCAGAUUCUACCAGCCAAUCAGAAGAAGACUAUGAGACAUGUGACUCGGGCAUGAGCAGUGAGCAGAGUUCAAUGGAGGCCAACUUCUCCAGUAACAACAGCACUGGUAUGGGCACAGAAUCCAUACACUGUGAUAUCCCAGACAACGACCAGAUGGAGCAUUUAGAGGACCAACAACAGAGCACCGCGGACAGGAGGGUCACGAGAAGUAUGACGCGGAACAGGCAGCAGAGUGAGAAAACGGAGGAAAACGCAGAGUUUAAGGACGCGUUGAAUGAUGCGGACGUCGAGGUGGAGACUGGACACAGAAGUGUGGUCAGUGGACACAGUAGCCCUAAGACUGGCCACAGGUCACAGGGGGACAGACCCAUCAGCCAGUCAGCCAAGAAGAAAGCAGUGCAGUUUAAAAGUGUCAUAACAGAUAUCUUUGAUGGAAAGAUCCUCAGCUCAGUGCAAUGUUUAACAUGUGAAUCCGUAUCGACAACCAAAGAGACAUUCCAGGACCUGUCACUCCCCAUCCCCAGUAGAGAGUACCUCAGCGUCAUUCAUUCCCAGGGUGCACAGUCCAAGAUGGCCGGAGCCUGUGGCGACACCGCGGCUAGGCAGGGCUGGAUUACCUGGAUGUUUGGCUGGAUGAGAAAUAUUUUCUGGGGCCCAAUGGUCACACUUACAGACUGUUUGGCAGCUUUUUUCUCAGCUGAUGAACUAAAGGGAGAUAAUAUGUACAGCUGUGAGAAGUGUAAAAAACUGAGAAAUGGAAUCAAGAACACCAAAGUCUUACAACUACCAGAGAUAUUAUGCAUACAUCUAAAGAGGUUCCGACAUGAGUUUAUGUUCUCCGCUAAGAUCAGCAGCUAUGUGUCAUUUCCCAUAGAGGGUCUUGAUAUGAGGCCGUAUCUACACAAAGAUUGUAAGUCAGCCAUGCGACUGUACGACCUGACGGCUGUGAUAUGUCACCAUGGCACUGCAGGGGGCGGUCACUACACGGCGUAUGCCCUGAACCACUACGAUGACAAGUGGUACGAGUAUGAUGACCAGUAUGUGACCGAGGUGGAUGUCCAGACUGUCCAGAACUGUGAGGCAUAUGUACUCUUUUACAGGAAAAAGAAUGAUGACAUAAUGGUACAGAGACAGAAGGCCAUGGAGCUGGUGGAGAGCAAGGAGCCUAGUUUAUUGAACUUCUAUGUGUCCAAACAGUGGAUUAACAGGUUCAACACGUUUGCAGAGCCUGGUCCUAUUACUAAUGAGGAUUUUCUUUGCAAACAUGGAGCUGUGCCUCCCACCAAGUUUCAAAACGUACUAGAGAUGGUGGCGGAACUUCCUCAGACACUGUGGGACUGUCUUCAUGAAAGGUACGGAGGAGGUCCAGUGUGUAAUCAUCUUUAUUUGUGUGUAACAUGCCAGGCAGAACAGGUAAAACUGAGGAGAAGACAGAGCUAUGAGCUAGACACUUUUGUCAAGCUCCAUGAAGACUUCAAAGAAGAGGACAACCCGUGUGUAAUCUAUGCUAUAAGUAUGCAGUGGUUUAAACAGUGGGAGAAUUUUGUAAAGGGAAUGGAAAGUGAACCACCAGGACAAAUAGACAACAGCAAGAUCUGUUUCAAGCGCAAUGACCAGUAUAUUGUCAAGCAGUCAUCUUCAUACGGUCAACUAUCAGAGGAGAUGUGGCAUUUCCUUCAUGGCAUCUAUAACGGUGGUCCUCUAGUCGUCUGCUGUCAGAGCACUCCCCAAGUUCCUAGUCACUCGGCCCCGCCCACCCCAGCCCCGCGACCUCCCAGUCCCACUGUCACCAUGCAGACGACCCACCAGCGACCUUUGACCCCAGCUGCAGCGCCAUCUACACCUCCAUUAGCGCAGAUAAGUGAGGAGGCAGGGGCGGCUGGAGAAGGAAGUGAGAGUGACACGGAGCAAGUAGUACAAGAACAGUCUGCGCAUGAAGACGACAUGGAGCAAGAAAGAUCACCAGAGGGAGCCUCUGCACCUAUGUCUGAAAAGGAGUGUGAAGAAUCCAAGGAAGAGAAAAUGGAAGAAAAUUGAUCAGUUUGUUAUUUUCCUAAAGCAAUGUGUGCUUAUAGGCAAAAUGUUUCAGCGGGUAUCAUCUAGAAAAGUAAAAAAGUGCAACGAAAAGCAGGAAAGGACACAAUUGAAUAAGAAUCUUAAGAAGUGAAUAUUGCAGAAUGUCAAGGUUUCUGUUAUGUUCUUGAAGAGGUAAAUUUUAUAGAGAUUGAAAAAGACAUUUCAAUACUUCAUUGCUGAAAUAACAAAUUGCAAACUUCAAUACAAUUAAACAUAUUGAUGUUAUAUAUAUUGUUUUCCAUUCGGAAUUAUUAAACUUAUAACUUGAGGUGAAUCAAACUAAAAAUAUAUUGUUUGUAAAUAGCUUUUAAAUUAUUUGAGCUGAAGUGAUAACUUUCCCAUAAUUAUUCUUAUUUUCUCAUCUUAUUACAAUUUCCCAUACUAUGGUCACAUUUCAUCUCUUCUCCAUCAGCAAAAAUUAUGUGCAUUGCAGAUAUCUUUUUACAUACUACCAAGUUUCAACGUUUUAUGCUAAAAAUUCUACAACAUUUUCUUUUCGUUUCAGAGGAAAACCAUGUUAUAAUGUUUUCUCAUUACCCCCCCCCCCUCCAUACAUAUUACUUUAAUACAUAUUUAAACUGCAUUUUAUUGGUGUAGUAUUUCAUGUCUUGAAAAUGAUCCAGAAUUGGUUCAAAUAGAAAUGUAAAUCAUUUUCUUAUUUUUUAUUUUUACUGGAUCCCUUGUUAGUUGAUGUAAUUUUCCCCAAAUCCAAUCCACUUUUCUAUUAUCAACGCACAAUUCCAACUUUUGAAUUGUCUCAAGGGUAAAGUUUUUUAGUGCAAUAAAUUUCAAGUACUGUUUGAAGAUAGCUCUAGAUUCUAUUAUUAUUUUAAAGAGUAAUAGUUCAUUCACAAUUAUUAAGCCUAUAUGCGAUACGUGCUAUUUGUGUGCACAAGAUUUUUUUCAAAUUUAUUUUAUGUUUGUUUUACAUAAAAUGCAGAAAUUUAUUGUCAUUGAUUGAAUAAGGUCACCAGUUCAAGUAAUGCAUAAUAGGAGUACUUGACUCCAGUCAGCCAUGGAAGCACGCUGGAUGUAUACUGCAGCACUUCAAUAUACUCGACCAGCAGAUGCAACAAUAUAGAAACACACUGUACAAAGUUUGAAACAUCAAGUCAACAUUAUUUCAGCGACCACUGUAAACUUUGUUGUAUACACAUGAACAUUACUUGUUUUGUAUUUAAAUCUUAAAAAGAUCAAUAAACGGUUAAGAUAUUCA